AUGGCCUCUCAGCGCAUUGCAAAGACUGUUGAAGAGCAGGAUGUCAAGGAAAUUCGCGUCGACUCGAGAAGAGAAACAGCAUUCCCCUCCAAUCCUCGCAAUAGCGCUCGGCCUCAGCAUUAUCCGACCGACCAAGAAUCAAUCGCUAUUGAUAAAAAGCCCCGUGACGUUUGCGGGACUAUCGCAAUUUUUCGCAAGAAGUUGAAAGAAGACAACAUCGUCAUUGCGGUUUUUGAGAACGCCUUAAAACAUGAACGACAAGCCCGUUUCGAAUGUGCUCGAGCCUACGACAUUCUACACAGCCAACAUGGGCAGGCAAUUGUUAGGCUCACUAACAUGGCAAAUAAACGUAUCUUGUUGGAUCGAGAGCUUGACAAAGCCCAAAACGUUAUCCGCACGUUUGAAUCUACUAUCGAGAAUACGAACGACUGCUUACCCAGGCGGACUGGGAUAAGGUGGAGCAGGGCAUCACAAAAACAGAGCAGCUCAAAGCCAGGAUCUCCGAGCUCGAGAAAGAAAAGGUGGAGGCUAUGCAGAAACACGAGAGCGCAUAUCACUGCCACCGAGUGA